AUGGGUCGACGAAACAAGAAGGAGAAGAAGGUCGUCUGCCAGGGCUCUGAUGUCUUCAACAUGUUCGAGAAGACCCAGCUCCAAGAAUUCAAAGAAGCCUUCGAAAUGAUCGACUCCAACCGAGACGGCUUCAUCGACAAGAACGAUCUCCGAUCCACCUACAUGUCCCUCGGUGUCCGAAACGUUGAAGAUGCUGAUAUCGAAAAGAUGAUGAACGAAGCUUCUGGCGCUCUUAACUUCACUACCUUCCUUAACAUGCUUGCUGAGAAGCUCCACGGCACUGACCCCGAGGACGUCAUGAUCGAAGCUUUCAAGGUUCUCGACCCCGCUGGCACUGGAAAGAUCCAUUCCUCCCAACUUAUCGAAGCCCUUACCUGCGAGGCCACUCGAUUCUCCAAAGAAGAAGUCGAUGCUCUCAUGGAAUUCGCCCCAGUUGAUGUUUCCGGCAACCUCGACUACAAGGCUCUCUGCUACAUCAUCACCCACGGUCAGGAAGAAGAAUAA